AUGUAUCUAAUAUACCUAUAUUUAUAUAGUAUUAUUUAUUUGCUGAAUCUUCUCGAUUAUUCUCUUUCGGCCCCCGACUCGCACUGCUUCCACCGUUUCAACGGCAGCGACUGCGGGCGAACACCGACCCCCGUAUUCCACUACUACCACCCUGGAUCCAGGUGCGAGAUCGGAAUCUGGCGCGGCUGCUUCACGCCGAACAUCUUCGAGAGCGAGGACCUGUGCUCCCACCACUGCAUUUACCGGUUCCUUGGCGUGCCGGCCGACGGCUCGCCGAGCUACCUGAGUCGAGACACGUGCCAAGCAACCUUGAACAGCACCAAGUGCAGCGACCAUUCCAUCAAGGUGUACACAUACGAUAGGGCUGGCGACAUCUGCUUGCCAGCCGUAUGGAGGGGCUGCAAUACCGGCAACCUCUUCACGAACGAACACAACUGCAAGCUCGCGUGUAAGAGGAACGACUCCAGCACCAACUUCGCUGAGCAAGUGCUCGAGCUCAUGCUCAAGGACGCACAAAAUAUCGAUUCGAUCCUCGACUCGGUCGUGCCACAGACUACGACCUCGACACAAAUGUACACCAUCAAAUCCACUAGUACGACAAAGAUGCCGAGCACAGCGCAUGAAACGGAAGCGGUGCCCGACGCAACGUAUCCGAUAACGACGACGACAACGACAACGCCAGUGGCAACGACAGUCACAACGACAAUCGAAACGACAGUGGCAACAACGGAGACGACGAAAGCGCCAACGAUGAUAACAGAACUCCCCACGACUCGAGUGUCAGGGACAGUGGAGGAAGUAGUGUUACCG